UGUUUCACGAUGUUGGGACUUGCUACCCUCGCCCUUGCGACCACCGCACUCGCUGUGCCUAACACCCUUCCCAAAUCGACACCCCGCCACGACUAUAUCAUUAUUGGUGGUGGAUCUAGUGGUCUUGUCAUUGCCAACCGAUUGAGCGAAGACCCUACAAUCUCGGUAGCCGUCAUUGAAGCCGGUGAUCAAGUCUUCAAUAACACAAAUGUCACCAGUGCCUCUGGGUAUGGCAAGGCGUUCGGCACACAGAUUGACUGGGCAUAUGAGAGCGAGGCUCAGGUCUACGCUGGCAACAAGACUCAGAUCCUGAGAGCUGGUAAAGCUCUUGGAGGCACUAGUACGAUCAACGGAAUGACAUACAUGCGUGCCGAGAGCAGUCAGAUUGAUAGCUGGAAANAGGUUGGCAACAACAUCACCUGGUCCUCUCUGCUGCCAUACUACAAGAAGAGCGAGUACUUUGNNGAGUACCCUACCGAGGCUCAGGUCUCUAUGGGCGCAUCUUACCUGUCCGAGUUCCAUGGCACCGAAGGUCUUCUCUCUGUGAGCUGGCCCACCGAGAUGGUCGGUCACAACUUCUCAUCUACUUUGAAUGCCACAUUCAAGGCCAUGAAUCUGCCUUGGAACGGAGAAGCAAACAGCGGAUCUAUGCGUGGAUACAAUGUCUUCCCCAAGACCUUCGACCGGGAGCUGGAUCUUCGUGAGGAUGCUGCUCGUGCAUACUACUACCCUUUCGCCAACAGACCCAAUCUCGAUGUCUACCUUAACUCGUUUGCUCAACGUUUGACAUGGUCGAACGACAACUCCUCGGUCGCGUUCGCUAAUGGUGUCGUCUUUACCGACAAGUCAGGUAACGAGCAGAGUCUCUUGGCUACCAAGGAAGUUAUUCUGUCUGCCGGAGCUUUGAGAUCACCUCUUCUUCUUGAGCUGUCUGGCGUUGGCAACCCUAGUGUUCUUGAGAACCUCGGCAUCGGGGUUAAGGUCAACUCUCCUUUUGUUGGUGAGAACCUCCAGGAUCAGACCACUGUCGACACUGACUACACUGCCAACGCAAACUUCACUGGCGCCGGUGGCUUCAUCGGAUACUUCAACGCAAUGGAUGUCUGGGGAAAUGGCACUGCAGCAUUCAGUAAGACCGUCAAGGCAUCUCUUGAGAGAUACGCAAAUAUGACAGUGCAGGCCACUGGCGGCAUCAUUGACCGCGAGACACUGCUGAAGCUGUUCAAGAUCCAACACGAGCUUAUCUUCGAGGACGAGGUUAUCAUCUCGGAGGUCAUUGUGAACGCACCUUCAGCUAGCAGUGGCCUUCUCGAGUACUGGGGCCUCAUGCCCUUCUCUCGUGGCAACAUCCACAUCAAAUCUGCGAAUGCCUCUGCUCCUGCCGCCAUCAACCCCAACUAUUUCUUGCUCGAUUAUGACAUCAAGCAGCAGAUUGGUACCGCUCGAAUUUCAAGAAAGGUUGCUACCACUGCUCCUCUUAGCAACAUACUCACUUCCGAGACCACUCCUGGCUUUGAUGUAGUCCCUGUGAACGCUACUGAUGCUGUUUGGGGUGACUGGCUCAAGUCAGUCUACCGCUCCAACUACCACUACAUAUCCACUGCUGCCAUGAUGUCGAAGGAGCUAGGUGGAGUAGUCGGUGACGACCAUCUCGUCUACGGCACUGCCAAUGUUCGCGUGGUCGAUGCUUCGGUGAUUCCCUUCCAGGUUUCGGGCCAUCUGGCCUCAACUCUGUAUGCUCUUGCUGAGAGAGCUGCUGAUAUCAUCAAGGCCAGCCAUCGAUAA